AUGGGUAUUUUCAUUCCACAUUCUAAGCUAGAGAACCUGUCGGCGUAUAAAUACCAAAGUGAAGAUCGCUCGCUAGUUACCAAGUAUGUGCUGAAGCCGUUCUGGGUCCGUUUCGUGAAGAUCUUCCCAUUGUGGAUGGCUCCGAACCUUGUGACGUUAUCCGGAUUAGGUUUUAUCAUCCUUAAUGUCCUGACAGUGUUGUAUUAUGAUCCGACUCUUUCUGAAGAGUCCCCUAGAUGGACAUACUUCACGUACGCGAUUGGUCUCUUUUUAUACCAGACUUUCGAUGCUUGUGACGGCCAGCACGCUCGUCGGACGGGUCAAAGUGGGCCAUUGGGUGAACUUUUUGAUCACUGCAUUGACUCUCUCAAUACCACACUGUCGAUGAUGGUUUUUUGUUCCGCCAUCGGCUCUGGGAUGAAAUUUAUGACCGUUCUGUCUCAGUUCGCGUUGCUCUGUAACUUUUAUCUCAGCACAUGGGAGGAGUACCACACCCACAAGUUAUUCUUGAGCGAGUUUUCGGGACCAGUAGAGGGAAUCCUCAUGAUUGUGGGCGCGUUCAUUCUCACAGGCAUUUUCGGGCCACAUGUCUUAUGGCACAAGUUAAUUGGGGAAUUCAAGUUGGGAAACAACCUGUUCAGGGUUGAAAGCAUACAUGUCGUCUACGCAUUAUGUAGUGUUGGCCUUGCUUUCAAUAUUUUGUCGUCGAGGAGAAACGUAGUCGAGCACUAUGAGAAAAAUAGCCAAAACACGAAAGAUGCACAAUCGAAGGUGAAAGUUGCUACCCUUGGGCUCGCACCAUUUUUCACGUACUUUGCAACAAUCUUUGUCUUGGUGACAAUCGACCCAGAAAUCAUUUCCUUACCUUUUAUUUUGUCUGUUGGACUGACAAUAGCUUUUACUGUGGGAAGAAUCAUCGUUUGUCAUUUAACUAUGCAGAGCUUCCCCAUGAUCAACCCACCAAUGCUGAUUCCCUUAUUGCAAUUUUUGUUAAAGACCCUGUUGGUGCGCGUUCUAAAAUACGAACGCCUGACUGUCUUGCCGGCGCUAAACUGGUUCGGUUUUGGCCUUGCCUUGGGGAUUCACGCCAUGUUUGUCACUGAAGUUAUUUACGAGUUUACCUCAUUUUUGGACAUCUAUGCUUUGUCUAUCAAGCAUCCAAAGAAAUCAGCUUGA